CAACUUAAGUUCAGACUUUAGUUGAACAGCUGACCUACAAGAGACAUGUCGGACCUACAGUUCGAAAUUUUAUCAGAAUGUUCAGACUUUUCAGAGUAUUGUGUUCCACCAGUUUUUGACCUACCACCGCCCCCGCGGCCCCCCUGGUUAGAAGAUAUAGAUAACUGUUCAGAUUUAGGACUUUGUCCCAAUGAUCCAAUAGUGAGUACAGUUCAUGAUGCAGCAGAAGGGAUUUUUCAUAGUGUUAUUACAGUAGUAGUGGCUUCCAUUGCAAUAGUUAUAUCUAUCAUUCUCAUCGCUCUUUUUAUAUGGAGGCAUCGACGACGAGUGAGACGAAACCUUGGCUUUCUAUCGGAAAAGGGUGUGGAUGAAAACCAACCCUGUGGAAACCAAACAGUUUAUCAUGCUAAAAGAUUAAACCAUUACAGUAACAAUCUCCUGGUGGAAUCCCAGGAGAAGAAUAACUUUCCAACCUUGAUCAUUGCCGGAGUUCCGUUCCAGGUUGUGAGACGGGAGAGUGCAAACCUCUCCGAUAGGACGGAGACAACGUCUGCUCCGAUAUAUGAGACAAUAGAAGAUACUCAAUAUAUUGGAGGAGUGGAGAGAGUUUAUGCUCAGUUAGAAAACCUCUGUGAUAGUAAAUGUGAAUGUGUUCCUAGAAAUGAAAAGAUCGGAACAAUCAAUCUUCAAAACUCUUUUCGACAAGUUAAGUCAGGACAGCAAUUAAACCCAUAUAUUCAUUCUAUAUCUUCAUCAAACCUAGGACACGAGGAUACAUAUUCUCUCCAGUAUUCAGAACCUAUUGGAGGAAUUCGUCCUAGUCCUGGACACCGCCUGGUUCAGGUUCGGGGAGAUCCUGCCGAGGUUCUCCAGGUCUACAUGAAGAGGCGGGAACUAGAAAAUAGCUCAGGGUUCCAAAGCAUUCGGAGAGGACGGGUUCCUGGUAAAGCACCUACCCUGAGCAGGUUUAAACCUGGUUCUAGUGUGACGUGAUAUUAAGUUUUCAAGAUACACAAAAUAUCCUAGUCAGACAUCUAUAAAACAUCUUUAUUUAAGAAUGAAAAAUAAAAGAAAGAAAUUUUGA